AUGGGAUGUAGCGGGCGGCUGCUGGGACCCGCCGGGGGCCGCCGCGCCUCGCUGCUCCUCACCAUGAUCCUGUUCUUCACCUACUUCUUCUCCUGCCUGCCCGGGCCCUGCGAGCCUCUGCCUCCCGCUCUGCUGCUGCCGCCGCCCGCCGCUUUGCCCGCGGGGCCGGGGGAAGCGCCGGGGGGCUCGGGGGGCUCGGGGGGCUCCGGGAGCCGUCGUUUCCCCCAGGCCAUCAUCGUGGGCGUGAAGAAAGGCGGGACGCGGGCGCUGCUCGAGUUUUUGCGGGCGCACCCCGGGGUGCGGGCGGUGGGCGCUGAACCCCACUUCUUCGACAGGUGUUACGAGAAGGGGCUGCGCUGGUACAGGAGCCUGAUGCCAAGAACCCUGGAGGGACAGAUCACCAUGGAGAAGACCCCCAGCUACUUUGUCACCAAGGAGGCCCCGCGCCGCAUCCACAACAUGUCCCGGGACACGAAGCUGAUCGUGGUGGUGCGCAACCCGGUGACCAGGGCCAUCUCUGACUACACACAGACCCUCUCCAAAAACCCCUCCAUCCCCAGCUUCCAGACCCUGGCCUUCAAAAACCUCAGCACGGGACUGAUCGACACGAGCUGGAGCGCGGUGAGGAUCGGGAUCUACGCCAAGCACCUGGAUAAUUGGCUGCAGUACUUCCCGCUCUCCAAAUUCCUCUUUGUCAGCGGGGAGAGGCUGGUCAGCGAUCCUGCCGGGGAGAUGGGCCGUGUCCAGGACUUCCUGGGGCUCCAGAGGCUGGUGACCGACGAACAUUUUUAUUUUAAUGAGACCAAGGGCUUUCCCUGCCUGAAGAAACCGGAGGGGGGGAGCAAACCUCGCUGCCUGGGGAAAUCCAAGGGGCGGCCGCACCCCAAAAUCGACGGGCGGGUGGUGCAGCGCCUGCGGGAGUUCUACAGACCCUUCAACAUGAAGUUUUAUCAGAUGACAGGGCAGGAUUUUGGGUGGGACUGA